AUGGAUUAAGACAAAAACCUUCUGACGCAAUCAUUGAUUUUUAAUAUUGCUAAUCAUAAAUAAAAAGAAACAGAUAUCUUUGCUUUUGUAAUUGAUGGAAAGUUGACUCUUUUGGAUAAUUUAAUGCAUCAAUUCAAUAAUGUUCAGGAAAUCAUAAAUGCAAAAGAUUUUGAAGGCAAGACACCUUUAUUUUAUGCUUGGUUUUUCAAUUACAAUAAAAAGAUAUUAUAACUUCAAAAAUAUUGUGAUGUAUUUGCUAAUGAAGGGAGCGGAUCCAUUUCUAACAUCUAAAUCAGGAUUUAUGUAUUUCAUGUCUGUGCCUAAAGAGGUAAUUUGGAAUGCCUCCAAAUACUCUUUUAAAUGUUUAAACAUAAAUAAAGUAUGGCUAAAUGGGAGGAAUUGAAAAUAACAAUGAAAAAGUAUCAAAUCAAGAAAUCAGACUCAUAAAAAGGGUAGUUGAUUAACGCAGAUAAACAUUUGAAGCAAGUUCAAUAAAGAUUCUAAUAAUUCCAAGCAAUUGUUAGUGAGUAAUAUUAAUAAUUUUUGGAUUAAAAUUUAUAAUAUUUUAAACUAGUCAAUAUGACAAAGAUCAUUUUAGAGAAAUGCUAUACAUUAUGGCAGCUUAUCCAAAUACACCAAAUGUUUUUAAUGUAUUAAAUAAUUGGCAUAAUUUGA